UUCUAUUGGUUACUCUUGGCGUCGAUCAGAUGGACUUUUUAUGCAUACAGCUAAGAUUGGUUUCAUAUGCAAACUGUCAAGAGCGAAGGAAUCGAGAUGAUGGCUACGCUGAGAGGUGUUCUGCUUCAUUGGAUGUAGCAGCAGACGAAGGUUCACGGUCCGUGGCGGACGCUGGUCCUGGUCCUGGUCCUGGUGCGUGAUUCACAGCUGAACCUGUCAGACCUGUCAAGUGCAGAUACCCUGACGCUAUAGCGUUGAUGUUUGGAAGAGCUGGACUUUAUUUCUUGCUUCCAAAUGGAGGACAGGACUGUCAUCAGAUAAUUGGAACGUCAGCUUCCACGUUAACCAGUUGAGAGACACAAAAGACCAGCCAGUUAUUUGAGAUGUGAAUUUGUUAAAUGAAGAAUGAGAAACACGAGCACUGACGUCACUCCGGAGGACUGACCGGCAUCGGCCUUUAGCACACAGUGUACCGUCAUCCAGGCUCAUUUCUCUGGUUGUCACGCACCUUUAUCUAUUGGCUCUACUGCCGUCCAGGCAAGGUGGACCCAUCCCUCCACCCAGGCCUUGUGCCCUCCCGUCCGCAGCCCGCUCUGGCGGUGUGUUGGUGUACGAUGGCGUGGUGGGACGCUGAGGGCUGCCGCGGGGGACUGUGAUGUCAGAACCCAACAGCCCGGGUGAGAGCCGGCGUGGCGCUCCCAGAUUCUUCGUGGGCUGCGAGGACGAUGAGAGCGAGGUCCCGGAGGACAGCAUGAGGACCGACAUGGAGCUGUAUGAGGACGACGAAGACGCAGACUCGCCCCCGGAGCAACAGAUUGUGGUGGGGAUCUGUUGCAUGAUGAAGAAGUCCAAGUCCAAGCCAAUGACUCAGAUCCUGGAGAGGCUGUGUAGAUUUGAAUACAUCACUGUGGUCAUCUUCCCAGAGGACGUCAUCCUCAACGAGCCCGUGGACAAAUGGCCUCUCUGUGACUGCCUCAUCUCGUUCCACUCCAAAGGCUUCCCUCUGGACAAGGCCGUAAGCUAUGCCAAACUGAGAAACCCCCUUCUCAUCAAUGACCUAAACAUGCAGUACUACAUCCAGGACAGGAGAGAGGUGUACCGCAUCCUGCAGGAGGAAGGGAUUGAUCUGCCGCGCUAUGCUGUGCUCAACCGUGAUCCAGAUAAACCAGAUCAGUGUAACCUGGUGGAAGGAGAGGACCACGUCGAAGUGAAUGGGGAAAUCUUCCAAAAGCCUUUUGUUGAGAAGCCCGUGUGUGCAGAGGACCAUAAUGUCUACAUCUACUACCCCACCUCUGCUGGUGGUGGCAGCCAGCGCCUCUUCAGAAAGAUCGGGAGCAGGAGCAGCGUUUACUCACCGGAAAGCAGUGUGAGGAAGACGGGCUCAUACAUCUAUGAAGAGUUCAUGCCAACAGAUGGUACUGACGUUAAGGUGUACACUGUGGGUCCAGACUAUGCUCAUGCGGAAGCGCGUAAGUCCCCUGCUCUGGACGGUAAGGUAGAGAGGGACAGCGAGGGCAAGGAGGUGCGCUACCCCGUCAUGCUCUCAGCCAUGGAGAAGCUGGUGGCCCGCAAAGUCUGCCUGGCGUUCAAGCAAACGGUUUGUGGCUUUGAUCUUCUCCGAGCCAACGGACACUCCUAUGUUUGCGAUGUCAAUGGUUUCAGUUUUGUAAAAAACUCAAUGAAGUACUACGACGAUUGUGCCAAGAUCCUCGGGAACAUUGUGAUGCGUGAGCUGGCUCCCCAGUUUCAGAUUCCUUGGUCCAUCCCGACUGAGGCAGAGGACAUCCCCAUUGUUCCCACCACUUCAGGGACCAUGAUGGAACUACGAUGUGUUAUUGCUGUCAUCCGUCAUGGCGACCGAACGCCCAAACAGAAGAUGAAGAUGGAAGUUCGCAACCCCAUGUUCUUUGAUCUAUUUGAAAAAUAUGGAGGAUACAAAACUGGGAAACUAAAACUGAAGAAACCAAAACAACUGCAGGAGGUGCUGGACAUCACACGGCAGUUGUUAGCAGAACUGGGACAGCACAAUGACUGUGAGAUCGAAGAGAAGAAGUCCAAACUGGAGCAGUUAAAGACCGUUUUAGAAAUGUAUGGUCACUUUUCGGGGAUCAACAGAAAAGUACAACUUACGUACCUGCCCCAUGGGCAGCCCAAAACCUCUAGUGAGGAAGAAGACACACGGAAAGAAGGCCCUUCUUUGCUGCUGGUGCUGAAGUGGGGAGGGGAGCUGACGCCGGCUGGCAGAGUACAGGCUGAGGAGCUGGGAAGAGCCUUCCGCUGUAUGUACCCAGGAGGACAAGGAGACUAUGCUGGGUUUCCAGGUUGUGGGUUACUGCGGUUACACAGCACUUACAGACAUGACCUAAAGAUAUAUGCAUCUGAUGAGGGCAGGGUGCAGAUGACCGCCGCAGCCUUCGCAAAGGGUUUGUUGGCUCUGGAGGGAGAGCUAACGCCCAUCCUGGUGCAGAUGGUGAAAAGUGCCAACAUGAACGGGUUACUGGACAGUGACAGCGACUCUCUGAGCAGCUGUCAGCAUCGCGUUAAGGCCAGACUCCAUGAGAUUCUGCAGAAGGACAGGGACUUCAUCGAGGAGGACUUUGAUAGGCUGGCCCCAACCUGCAGCACCUCUUUGGUGAGUUCAAUGAAAAUAGUACAGAAUCCUGUCGCCAUAUGUGACCAGGUGUACGCCCUCAUCCAGAGCCUCACAUCCCAGAUUCGCACAAGAAUGGAGGACCCCAAAUCUGCAGAUUUGCAGUUGUAUCACAGUGAGUCACUGGAGCUCAUGCUGCAGCGCUGGUCCAAACUUGAGAGGGACUUUCGCAUGAAGAAUGGACGCUAUGACAUUAGUAAAAUCCCGGAUAUUUAUGACUGCGUCAAAUACGAUGUUAUUCAUAACUCUACUCUGGGCCUGGAGGACACACUGGAGCUGUUCAGGCUGUCUAGAGCCCUGGCUGACAUAGUCAUCCCACAGGAAUACGGUAUAAGUAAAGUGGAGAAACUGGACAUAGCCUAUGCCUACUGUCUCCCACUGGUCAGGAAGAUUCAGCUUGACCUGCAGAGGACGCAUGAGGACGAAUCUGUCAACAAACUGCAUCCUCUGUACUCUCGGGGGGUGCUGUCACCUGGGCGCCAUGUUCGGACACGCUUAUACUUCACCAGUGAAAGUCAUGUCCACUCCCUGCUCAGCAUUUUCCGCUACGGAGGCUUGCUCGAUGAGGAGAAGGACCAGCAGUGGAAGCGUGCCAUGGAUUACCUGAGUGCUGUUUCUGAACUCAACUACAUGACCCAGAUUGUGAUUAUGCUGUAUGAAGACAACAAUAAGGACCUCGCCUCUGAGGAACGUUUCCAUGUCGAGCUUCAUUUCAGCCCUGGGGUCAAAGGUGUGGAGGAGGAGGAGAACGCGCCAACUGGCUUUGGCUUUAGGCCUGCUUCUGCGGAGGUUGCGCGACAGAAUGGCCAGAAGCAGCCCGACCCCGGCAGCCUGGAGGAUCUCACCCGGGAUGAGACAGACCGCGCUGUCCCACUGUCUGAGCCAAUCACCAUUCAGAGGAGGUCGCCGCUCAUACGCAACCAUAAGACUGGAUCAAUGGAGGUCCUGUCGGAGACAUCUUCAUCCAAAGUUGGCAGUUACCGGCUCUUCUCAUUCUGCUCACGUCAAUCCCCUGAAAUGAAACAAAGUGGAUUAGGCUCUCAGUGCGCCGGGCUCUUCAGCACCACUGUCCUAGGUGGGUCUUCUAGUGCACCUAACCUGCAGGACUACGCACGCGCACAUCGCAAAAAAUUCUCCACCGGCAGUCUGUCCUACAAAGACGAGUUGUUGUCUAUGCCGGCAGUAAAACGAUUUUCUGUGUCGUUUGCAAAGCAUCCGACUAAUGGGACUCAGGACGACACGUCCGCAGUAGCAGUGGCUCCGUCUCUGUGGUGCACUGCAGCAGAGCCCCUGGAGGAGCAUCAUGUGGCCCAGUUGUUGAGCUGUUUCUCCACUGACCUAAGCCUGGGCCGCCACCUCUCUCUGGACAGUGCGCUGGCCCACCACCUCCACCAGUGCUCCUACCACCUUCGACUCUUCCGAAACUGGCUCAUCUCCGGCCAGGACCCCCUAGAGUGCCUCUACGGCUUCGAAGGCUGCUCCAUGGUGCCGUCCAUCUACCCUCUGGAAACGCUGCACAACUCGCUGUCACUGAAGCAGGUCAACGAGUUCCUCACGGGUGUGUGCGACAGCGCUGGGGACCCACACACAAGGACAACCCGAGCUCUGUCAGCCAUGUUUGACACACACAAUCAGCCAUCAGUGGACUCGUACAUCCCCCAGAGAGUCCUCUCUUCCUCCAUCUCGCUCAGAUCUCGUUCUGACAGACCUCCUUGGUACAGCAGCGGUCCAUCCAGCACCGUGUCCAGUGCUGGGCCAUCGUCUCCAACAACAGCUGACACUUCGCCUCGCUUCAGCUUCAGCGAUAAGAUCUCCCUGAGUCCUCAGAGCAGCGAGGAAACUCACUCCUGUCAUAACAUUUCCAGCCAGACGGCAUCUGGCAUCGGAUCACAGGAUCCAUCCUGCCCUACACUUCCCAAUCCUGCUGAAGUCCCUCUGACUCCAAAAAACUCUCCAGAGGAUGACAUUGACCACCAGCCAGAUAAUCUUGAACGCACGCAGGAAGAACUGGAGGUGGUUGCAGCAGCUGUGGAUCCUCCUGCGUCUGAUCCUUGCCUCUGGCCGCCUUGCUCUGGUUUAGCCGAGCUUGCGCUGGGUCGAAUGGAGGGGUACUGUCUCCCCGGAUCUCUGCCUGUGCUGCUGGAGCUCAGAGAGAGCAGCAGCGAGGCAGGAUCCAGCUCCCAGACACCGCAGUCUCCUGAGGGGCCGGAUGAGUUUUUUGACACCCAGGAGUCCAUGGAGUUGUGGAUGGACAGCCCAGAAAGUCCACCUGACCCAGAGACUCCACCCGAAGCAGGAACCACUCACACAGCAGAUUCAUAGACUGACCUACAAAUCUGUCAGGAAGUACUGUAAAGUCCAUAACCUUUCAUGGUUAGCGUCAUGAUUAUCAUCGGUUAUUGUCCUGAGCCAACCAGACCUUCCUCACUAGCUUGAUGAUGACCUAUGGGCAGCUGGUUUUCAUGUUAGGCUCUGUGUUUGUUGGUGUUUGCCUUGGGCAUGGAACACACCCAAGGCCUGAGGUCACAUCAUCUAUCCGUUACAAGGCCUCCUGACAUGAAGCUAGUGCUCUGAUUAGGCAUCUUUUUACAGGAUACUUGUUGCACAAGCCCAGUCCCUAAAGCUGCAUUCACUGAUGUUUAGCCAUUGGGGACAGAAACUCCCUCUUUGGUCCACAGCACUGAUGUGAAAGAUUAUCAUCCCACUGACAUGCUAAUGUCUUCAGGAUAAAUAUCUUUUUAUUCUCUUUGUUUUGCUCUCUGCAAACUUGUAUGAAAUCUAUUUGUUCCUUGAGCUGCUUGACAUCAACUGUAGCUAUUCUUUAAAAGUAUCAAAUUGACAAAUUUGAGUCUUAACCAUACACAAACUAAACUGCUCAGUGAGGGCUAAAAGCUGCAGAUGGAUGAGUACUUACAGUACCCAUGCUUUAAUUCAAUAAGAAGUAAGGAGAGGCUGCAUUUGCCCAUCAGGCCACAUGUAAACACCAUUAAUAACAAAGUGGAAAUGGUUUUAGAAUAAUUAACAAGAGUCAAACACUGAAUUGUCUUACUGACAGAAGUAUUCAGACCCAUUUUUAGUACUUUGCAGAAGCUGCUCUGGCACCAGAUACAGAUUCUCACAUGUUUGUCCCAUAAUGCUGCCACUGCCGUUCUCUAUCAUGGCUGUUAGCGCGGUGAUGCCAGGACACCGUCCGUUGUGUCCAAGGCCCAACACUGGCCUCAUACUGAGCGCUCAACAGUUAUUACAUUGUCAUUACGGGGUAUUUACAGUAGACUCACUAGUUAAUGUGGCAGCGUUAUGCGAAAGGUUCUGUUUUCACAUUUCAUCCUUUUAUUCAUUCACCAGGUUCUGUGUUUUGCCCUCAGCUCCUCCUUCUACUCAUCCAUCACAGCUAGUUGACGGUUAUCAGGGCGCCGAGGCAGCCACGCUUUAUCAUUGCUACGUGAGUCCAAGCUUUCCUGCAGGAAGUGACGGGGAACACGAGUAGUGACUCCUUCCUUUUACGCGUUGUCAUGCCAGUAAAUGUCCUGAUUCUAAAACAUCCUUGUUGCCAGUAAAACGUGUUGAGUCUCCAGAUGAAACCAUGUGUGCACUGCUUACCAAAGUCCAUAAGACUCAUAGGAGAGUUAAUAUAGUCAGUAAGACAUAUUAGAGAGAAAAUGAUAUUUAUUUUGAAACUGCAUGAAAAGAAAUGCCCGGUAUUUUAUUACCUACUCAGCAGAUAUUUAUUGUACUAUAGCCUUUGUGUACUUUUCAUAAAAUCAGCCUUUGACAUGGAAAGACUGAAGCUAAUGUCUGGUUUUAUCACAGGAAAGACAUUUUACAUGGAGUGUGCUCAUUGUGACAAGCAGUUAUGUAGCAGGUGUGAAUGGGGAUGAGGGCUGCACACGACUGAGAGGUAAUUCAGGUCAACACACUCAGGAGCGUUUCGUUACAUUGCUCUGUACUGUAGAAGACUGACCUGUUGUCCUGUCUGUACAGAAUAAACACAUGGCACAAAGCAGGUUCUAACUAAUAACUGUUUAAAUAAAAAAUGCAUUUUCCCACCUAGA